UUACGUUUCUGGUAUUCAUACUGCUGCGUUAUGUUAUUAGGUAGUAUUUCUGCGGCUGAGGCAGAUAGAAGCUCUUUCUGAAACCAUUUUUUCUGGUGAAAUUUGGCUGGCAAAGAAGCUGCUGGGAGAGUUGACGGAGGCUAUACUUCUUUGGCUUGUGAAUAACCAAGAGUAUGGAGGAAGCGUUGAGGGCUGGUCACACGUAAGCAAGCAUCAUAGAUUUUCUGAUCAGGUCUCUUUGGAUGUUCAUUUUCUAUUGGAACUCGCACGGCUUGGGGGUUACUUUUCUGAUGAAUUGGAGGCUGCAGCAAUAGAUGCAAUAGCAAAAGCUGGGGGAAAAACUACUGCAACUGAAAAGGAACCAGAUAGUGUUGUUCAUGAUGAGAGAUGGGUCAUGAGUGCUGCGAAAAAGGCUAUUAACAAGCUCUUGGAAAGCGAGAGAGAGACUUUCCAUUCGCAGGAAGAGGAUAGCACAUCUAUAGGCGAGGAUGCUCGUGAAAACCUGGAUUUCAUAGAACAAUUAGAUGAAGGUACCAAAAAUUUGCCUGAAGAAGACAUAAUAGAGGUUCUUGAGAACCAAAAUGGUGGAUUUAGUUCUCUAGAAGCAUCUCUAGUAAAUGAUGGGAAUGUCGUUGAUGAUGGUGAUGAUGACGUCAAUGACAGUGAUUAUGAUGAUGAUGAUGGGAAUUCCUCCACAUGUUUCCAGAAAGAUAAUAUCAGCAUAGAGGAUAGAAAUGAUGCAACCGAAGGCAACACUGAAGAAUGUAAAUUGGGCGAUUGCGAGGGAUUGAAGAAACUGAUAUCAGAAGGGUCUCUAAUACUUCCUGCGGUGCAAUCAGCAACAGACGAUGCAAAUGUAGUUCAUACUGUCGAACGUCACAAAGCGGACAUCCAAGCUACUGAAAGUUUUAAUAAGCACGAUACUGCUGUGGGUGGUUUAGAAGACUCAUCAGAAGGUACCCUUACAGUUCAUGAUGCUAAUAGAAGCCCAUUUGAGCCAGAACAUCAUCUUCGAAGUAUGGAUCUUAAUCCGUGUAUUGAUACGGGUGAUAUUUGUUACCGUUAUAAUUCAGAGGAGCCCAUUAAAGAUGACCAACUUCAGGUUGAUGAUGAGAAUGUAAGCUCUGAAAUUCAGAGUUCUGAAGAUGAGCAAAUUCUUGGUGAAGAUGCUGAUUUUGCCACUCAAAAGAGGUUUGCAACGCUACGUGGAGAUUCUAAUUUGGUUAGGGUGAGGAAUCGACAGCAUAAGAAUGUUGGUGCAGCAGAGAAUUCAGAAAAGAAAAGAGGGGCUUUGAGCAAGAACCGGCCACGAUGGAUCUAAGCACACUUGCGUGGGUUACAAAGUAAUUCGACUUUUGUGUAUGAAUGCAUUGUAUAUUGCAAAUAGGUGCCUUUUCAUUACAUAGUAGAAUGGACUUACCAAAGCUGUGAAUCACCAAACUUCCUUUCUUUCUCAUAACUAAGAUGAGAAAAUUACAUAUAAAAAUAGUGAUGUAAUCGGAAAAUUUUUCCAUAGCAUCCAAAAGCAUUAGAUAAUCAAGGAGAUGUCAUUGAUUAUUAUUUUUUUUUUGGAGAAACUAAUCUUCUUUGAAAGACAUUUUUUUUUGUUUGUUAUAUAUGAACAAACUUUUCUAAACCGAAACUUGGGCACUUUUUCAAAAAGUUGCAAAAUUUGAGGGCGUGGAGUUUUUACAAAAUCCGGAUCAGGCCAUCAACUGCAAGGUGAAGUCGGCAAACCAGAGUUCUCACCAGCGGCUUUCACUUGUAGUCGGCGAACGAAGAUGUCCCGUCGCCGAAAUUUGAUAAGCAACCGAAAGAUGAACUCGGCAGGUUCGGUUUCCU